CACUUAUCCUACCGCAAUUACGAUGGCCACGACCACAUCACCAAAACUGAUCUUUUCGCACAAGUUCAUACAGUUCGGGACAGACACCCAAUCAGAGAGAGAUGGCUUCUAAUCUCUCUUCCCUUACAUCCUCAGCUCUUUCAGGUUCCGUUGUGCAUCAUUCUAAACUUCCCUCUAACCGCUAUGCCAAGUUGAAGCGAGUUCGAUCACAAAUAAGAUCCAAUUUGGAAAAUGAGAUGUGCUCACUUGAUAGUUUUGAUCAGUCACUAGAACCCAUCAAGACAGAGACUUCCCAUAUUGCAACCUCUCGUCGUCAGUGUCUGACCUGUUUAUGUUCGAGUAUGGCAUUGAUAGUAGCUCCAAGGUUUUCUGAUUCCGAUUCCAAGGCAACUGCUUUGGAUGGGAAUGAAAACCCCGUGUGCCGUAAUUGUGGGGGAAGUGGUGCAAUAAUCUGUGAUAUGUGUGGUGGUACAGGAAAAUGGAAAGCUCUAAACAGAAAACGUGCAAAAGAUGUUUAUGAAUUCACAGAAUGCCCAAACUGUUAUGGUCGAGGGAAAUUAGUGUGUCCUGUAUGCCUAGGGACAGGUUUACCGAACAACAAAGGCCUUCUUAGGAGGCCAGACGGACGACAAUUGCUUGAUAAGAUGUAUAAUGGCAGGUUGCUACCAAGUUCUUAGGUAUGUUGAUAAGUUACAAUGGUGUGCAUGUCCCAAGUAAAAUGGGCUAAUAUCUAAACUUCAUUUGUAUGGUUGUGUAAUAAGUAUACUUGUGUAGUAAGUGUGUAUUUUUUUUCGAUUAUAAUUUAAAAGAUUUGUUAAUUCCCUUGUAAUGUAGAGGCUAUUUGAUCUUGUUUCCUACUUCCGAUUCGUUGUGAUGAUAUAUAAAAAAUAAAAAAUCGAAAUACAGCUCCAUCAUUGCUUGCAGUUAUAGUUGAGA